ACACGAGUCUAUUGGCCCAAACUCGUCCUUAAAUAUGGACUCAGCUUCUCUCUCUCUGUCUGAGCUCCAUUCAGAAAGUACUAGAAUAGACUGCUGCUUGAGUCAGGCAUGAGACGCAAAUCCGAGCACCUUUUGGUUGUGCGGUGAAAGUUAAUAGUAAAACUCGUAAACAGAUUUUCAUACUUAACACACGUCUUACAGAAAGUUUGCAGACAGCAAGCUGGCUAAUUGAGCUAGCUGAGCCACCGUACACACCAGCACUUAGCUCCGUGUUUUCAGAAUAGCUUCAGUGCGGGUUCAUUUGCGUCUUUUGGAGCCCAACUCCACGGUUAAGUCCUAACAGUCGUCAUUUUUCAGUCAGUUCAAACUGAAAUUAAGGAAUGGCACUGGACUUUGCAGCAGGAUGUAUUGGAGGUGCUGCUGGUGUAUUGGUUGGACAUCCUUUUGAUACCGUUAAGGUAAGACUUCAGGUACAAAACAUAGACAAGCCCCUGUAUCGCGGAACGUACCACUGCUUCCAGUCUAUCGUUCAUCAAGAAUCUAUAUUUGGGCUCUACAAAGGUAUCGGGUCCCCAAUGAUGGGCCUGACUUUCAUCAACGCCAUUGUAUUUGGUGUACAGGGCAACGCAAUGCGCAUGCUGAGCAAAGAUACCCCUCUUCACCAGUUUCUAGCAGGAGCGGCAGCAGGGGCUAUCCAAUGCAUCAUUUGUUGCCCAAUGGAGCUAGCCAAGACUCGCAUGCAGAUGCAGGGCACAGGAGAGAAGAAGUCAUCCAGGAAAACAUACAAGAACUCGUUGGACUGCUUAGUUCGCAUCUACAAGAAAGAGGGCAUUCGGGGCAUCAACCGUGGCAUGCUGACCACCAUUAUCCGUGAGACACCAGGAUUCGGAGUGUAUUUCCUGUCCUAUGAUGUCCUGACGCGUUCACUGGGAUGUGAAGCAGACGACCUCUACAUCAUUCCUAAGCUGCUCUUCGCAGGGGGCAUGUCUGGGAUUGCUUCCUGGUUAUCUACCUAUCCGGUGGACGUUAUUAAGUCCCGCCUCCAGGCUGAUGGCGUAGGUGGAGUUAAUAAAUACAGUGGAAUUAUGGACUGUGUCCAUCAGAGCUGGCAAAGGGAAGGUUGGAGGUUUUUUACUCGAGGUCUUACCUCUACUCUUCUCAGGGCUUUCCCUGUCAACGCUACCACGUUUGCCACAGUGACUCUGUUCCUCAUGUACAUGCGAAACGAUGGCGGUGUGAAAGACUGCGAGCCUGAGCAUCAGCCUGUACAGCAAACACAGCUCCAAACCACAAGCCUUUGAUUGGAUGCUCCAAUCUCCAAUAUUUGGGCUCUUCACCCAGAAUAAUUAUUAUACAGUGUCUGUAUAAUAAUUUCAAUCCCCCCCCCCCCCCAUAUGAAACCUGUUGGGAAUUCUAGUUCCCUUAUUAGCAGUUACACUAGAAACAUUAUCAGCAAAAUUGUACCAGCUUCCAAAGUGUCUUUACAAGGAGUAGCAAUUUGUGUUACGUGCUUUUGAAAAAAGAAAAUUCCACGUUGACCCAAGGUUCUGAAAAAAACUCGAACCAUAUUUUGCUACGUUUAUCGCUACAAUGAGAGAGGGUUCAUGCUGCUACAAUUUGUUUUGUUUUUUUAACUCAAUGUCCACAGGAUGCAUGUUCUAGUCCAGGAAUUUGGAUUAAAUCAAGUUUGUAUGGGGAAAAUUGUGAACAAGCAAAAAGGCUAAUGCUAACCUGUAUUAAACUGACUGGAGGUCAAGAGGAGGGGGGCAAGUCCAUUUCAUAGAAAGACAGAAGGCUUUGGGUCCAAAAAAAGGAUUACUCUGUCAUCACUAAGCCCUUCGGCAGAAAUGACAAAAAGAUCAACAGCUUUUUUUCAUUUGCAGAAGUGGUUAUUCAUACACGUUGCAGCUAUAACAGACUCCGCUCUUCUGGGAAGGCUUUCCACUAGAUUUUGUUGCAUGACCGUGACUGUGGGGAUUUGUAUUUAUUCAGCCACAAGAGCAUUAGUGAGGUUAGGCGUUGAUGUUGGGCGAGGAGGCCUGGGGUGCGCAAUCAGACUUCCAGUUCAUCCCAAAGGUGUUCCGUGGAGUUGAAAUCGGGGUUCUUCUACACCAACCUCAGCAAACGAUGGCCCCGUUCACACCCGGCAUUAUGAACGCGUCUCCACCUGUGCGAAGACUUGUUUUAUGACGGUCAGUCUUCCUUUGCAUUUAUUCUCAAGCAGAAAUGUCCCUCCAAUCAUGUUUCAUGUACCUUUAUGGACCGUUUUAAUCAUGUGAUAUGCUAGCGAAACUUAUAAACGAGUGAGCGUUAAGAUGAGAAAUUAAACUAUAUGAAAAACACUUGCUGUCGUCUUUGCUGUCAUAGCAUCGCCUUUAUGGGUUAGCCUGGCGGUGGAGAGCUCCAUCAUUCUGCGGCAUUUCCAAACAGAAUCGCAACAAUUACAUAUUUUUCCAGCUAGGGCAAUGAUGCAGUCGAGUAGACGGUCCUUUGUAUGCAUUUGCAUUCAUACUGCAAAUGUGAUGUGGCCAUACGCGCCCCAGACCAUCUCCGAAUGUGGUUUGAGUGAUCGGAUCACGAUGUGUCUUUGAGACGCGUUUGACCCCAUUCCAAUCACCCAAGAUGCUUGUUAAUGCCAGGUCUUUAUGGACCUCGCUUUGUGCACAAGGGCACUCUCAUGCUGGAACGAGUUUGGGCUAAGCCCCUUAGUUAUAGCAAAGAGAAUACUGCUGAAACGAUUGUGUGCUUCCAAUAUCGUGGCAACCAUUUGGCAAAGGUAUGAUGGCCAGGCAUGCACAUACUUUUGUACCUGUAGUGCAUCUGCAAUGGAGGCAUUCUUUGUAUGUAGAAAAUGGUGCUGCUGAGCUUCUAAACAACUACAUUUACUGACAUAUGUUGUCAGCGUUGCGAUUAGUAGCGUAUAGCUUUGAUCUCUUGUCCGUUUUUUUUUUUCCCCUCCAUUGCUACUGGCAUUCCAAAGAAAAGAUGGAUUCUGAUUUGACGAUAAACCUCAAAGCCUUUAACGUGUUCACAUUCUGCAAGAGAUUAGACUGUGAACUGGUUCACCGCUCAUUUGCUGAAAAAUACAUAUUCACACAGUAUUUCUGUACGGUACCGUUACAGAUAGAUCUGGUUAAGUGGAACACGUCUCUAAAUCAUUACACAGUAGCACAACACUUUUAUAAUUUGUAACAUUAUUUUAAAAGUUCAAAGAUAUCUGAAGUGCACCUUACUUCUUUCAAUUAUUCCCUUACCUUUUCUUGCUUUGUUACCCAAUUGAGAUACUGUUUUAUCAUCAUCUUAGUUGCUGGAGCAUUAUUUUAGUACUGUGGAAUUAUUUUAAAUAGUGUGUCCGGUUGCAAUAAGCUUAAAGAAUCUCUGCAAUGAUUUACUUACAGGCAUGUGUUUAGUGAUGCAUUUUUGUUCUGGGUGUUUUUUUUUGUUGUUGGUGUUUAACUUUUAGCAUCUGAAAGGCAAAAAUACCUUUCCUUUUUUUUUAAUUUUUUUUUUUUUUAAAAAAGGUCUCACAUUCAUGUGUAUAAUUAAUCAAGAUCAUUUUUGAUCAUUUAGUUCUGUCUGUUUUUACAUUGUCUUCUCUCACAUGGUAAAUGAAAUUGUGAAUACUCUUAUACUUUCAUGAUUGUACAAAAUGGUAUUUAUUAACGAAUUAAAGGGUAAUGGAAUUAC